GAACUCGAUCAGACAAUCCUUAGCAUGGCAGCCCUCCGAUGAGAAGCAGACGAAACGAGAGAACAUAAAGUGGUAGUGGACUAAUUGCGGAUCAAUAUGUUCCGAAAUAUCAGACGUGUUGUCUGUGGCAUGUCUGGUGGAGUUGACAGUGCUGUCUCAGCUAUUCUCCUAAAGAAGAAAGGAUAUGAAGUAAUUGGAGUUUUUAUGGUGAAUUGGGACAAAUUAGAUGAGCUCGGUGAAUGCCAGGCAGACAAGGAUUUUGAGGAUGCUAAAUAUGUUUGUAACCAUCUAGAUAUGCCGCUUCACAAGGUCAACUUUGUCAAGGAAUAUUGGAAUGAAGUAUUCUGUCAGUUUCUGGCAGAUCACCAGUUUGGUUGGAGUGCAGUUCCUGACAUCUACUGUAACCGUUACAUCAAGUUUGGUGCAUUAUUUGAUAUGGCGAGGAAUGAAUUGAAGGCUGAUGUUCUAGCUACUGGACACUACGCCAGGACAAGUAUACAACAUGACCUGGAGAAUGCAGACUUAUCCAAAAGUGUCAAGUUAUUACGAGGGCUGGACCCUGUAAAAGAUCAGACAUUCUUCCUCUCACAAGUGUCCCAGAAGGCACUACAAAGAACGAUAUUUCCUUUAGGGAAUAUGAUGAAAGCAGAUGUGAAGAAGAUUGCAGAUGAAGCAGGAUUAGGAAGAAUAGCGAAAAAGAGAGAAAGUAUGGGUAUAUGUCAUAUAGGGAAAACUAAUUUUCAAGUAUUCCUUGAAAAUUACCUUGAACCAGAUGCAGGAUAUUAUGUGGAUCUGGAGACAAAUGAGAGAAUAGGCAUCCACGAUGGUAUCCACAAGUGGACUAUAGGACAGAGAGCUCGACUUGAGGCAGGAGAGAAAGCCUUCGUGGCUUCAAAGGACUUGGCAUCAAAUAACAUUAUGGUGGUUUUUGGCACUGAUCAUCCUGCCUUGUACUGUAACUCAGCUAUCACUCAGCGCCCUUAUUGGAUUGGUGACCCACCUGAGGGACUUUAUGAAAAUCAAACAGUUGAUGUAAUGUUCAAGCAUCAGCAUGUGCAUCCUCUCUCCGAAUGUAAACUGACAUUAAAUGUGAACAAGACUCUCACAUUGACAACAUCUGAACCCUUCCGGGCAUUCACCCCGGGUCAAUUCUUUGUGUUUUACGUAGGUGAAGAGUGUAUAGGCAGCGCUCGAAUAGAAAAAUCUGGACCUUCUCUUUAUGAUCUUAAUCAACGAAGUCGAGUGAAUAUAAGAAGACCUUUUACAUGAUAUUUUUGUGUGAAUAUGUUUUUAAUAAAAUGGUACCUGCAUUUGAA